UUUGUAUAUACUGAAUGACAUUCCAAAAAAAAUGUGUUUAGAAGACAUUUGUGGAUGUUGCAUUUCAAACCAUCUGUUAAAAGCUUUGACUUGGAAUAAUGGAGUUGGAAAAUAGCGUGAAAAAGGCCGACGAAGUCGCUGAUGACGAUCGUAUCGAAUUGCCAUCUGAUACUUUAGCUAUUCUUAAUGAAUUUUUACGCAGCAAAAGUAUGCAGGAAUCUAUGGAAACAGAUCACAGCAAUUUCGAAGAAGAUUGGCAAUUGUCUCAAUUCUGGUACGAUGAGAAUACGAUACGUUUGUUGUCAGAAGUAUGUUCGAAGUUAAUUCUUCAUCGCCAUCAGAGUACACCUUCAUCACAAAUCAAAAUUGCUUUACUUUCUUGCCCGUCGCUUUACAAAUCCGUUAAGGCUGUUCAUCCAAAUGGUGUAGUCCGUCUGUUUGAAUUUGACAACAGGUUUUCUGUGUUCGGUGAUGAUUUCGUGUUCUAUGAUUACAAGGACAAAGAGAGAAACGAAACCUCUUUGAAAGAUUACGAAAAUCACUUUGAUAUCUUAAUCGCAGAUCCACCAUUUUUAUCACAAGAAUGCAUUGAACCUAUAGCAAAUAUAGUUAAGCGUUUGAAGAAAGAAGAUUCAAAGAUUAUUAUGUGCUCGGGACAAACAGCCGCAGGUUGGAUUAAAACCUUUCUAGAAUUGAAUCAAUGUGAAUUUCGUCCUGGCCACGAAAGAAAUCUAGCAAAUGAAUUUUGUUCUUAUGCCAACUUUGAUCUUGAUAAUUUUGUGCGAUAGCUUUUCAGUUAAUAAAGACUAACUUUUCAAUGAA